GGGUCACAGAUUGUGGUGAAAACAAAAAAUUGUUUUUUAUCUUCUUCUCACAUUUGUUUUGGACUGUUAGAGAGUGAGAAAGAGUUUUGUUUUAGUGUUUACUGUUUCGGAACACAAAAUGGAUAAUUCUCUAAGAAUGCCCUAUAGUACUGGUUAUGGGGAGAUUGAUUUUGUGGUUAGAAUUGUUUUGAAAAUCCUGAACUUUGUUCGCUUCAGUGUCGACUACGUCUCUGAUAUCGUUUUUGAUUGGUAUUACAAGGGGAAACAUAAGAAAUUACCGCCGAUAAAAAAUCCACUUAUACUUGAUCCGGCACAUGUUUUAGCGGAAAAAAUACGCAGAAGAGAAAUCAAAAGUGUUGAUGUAGUGAAAGCUUACAUCGAACGUAUCAGGCAGGUCCAUCCAAUCGUUAACGCGAUUGUGGAUGAUCGAUUUAGUGAAGCGAUAGAAGAGGCCAGAUACAUCGAUGAAUCAUUGAAAGAGAGUAACAAGACGGAAGAUGAAAUUGCUAGGGAGACGCCAUUUUUGGGCGUUCCAGUCACUAUCAAAGAAUGCAUAGCAGUGAAAGGUUGCUUGUAUACUGUUGGACUGCCUGCCAGGAAGGGUGUAAGAGCUACUUUUGAUGCAGAUGUAGUCCAUCAAAUGAAACAAGCUGGAGCUAUACCCAUUGCAGUCACCAUUACACCAGAACUUUGCCUGUGGUGGGAAUCCUACAAUACUCUAUACGGAUAUUGUUCUAAUCCUUACGAUACUACAAGAACUGCCGGAGGAAGUAGCGGUGGUGAGGGAUGUAUAUUAGGUUCUGCUGGCUCAGUCAUCGGUAUCGGUAAUGACAUUGGUGGAAGCAUUCGUAUACCCGCAGCUUUCAACGGAGUUUUCGGUCACAAGCCCACAAGAGGCAUCGUGUCCAAUACGGGUCAUUACCCGACUCCUGCUCCAUCGUUGCAAACGUUUUUGAUGACCGGACCCAUGUGCCGAUAUGCUUCUGAUUUAUUACCCAUGACUAAAGUUUUGGCUGGUAAUAACUCAUCUAAGUUGAAAUUAGAUGAAAAAGUUAAUUUUCGAGAAAUGAAAAUCUAUUACAUGGAAAAUGAAGGAGGAAAUCCUUUAGUCUCUGCUGUAAAUCCUGAAAUAAUAAAUGCUCAAAAGAAGGUUAUGGAGUACUUCAGGGAUACCUACGGAAUAGCACCCACUAAAGUUCAAAUACCAAACAUGCACCACAGCUUCGUAAUGUGGUCAAAGGUCAUCACUACCUCUGGAUUCAAACCGAUCACCUACGAAAUGACCAACAGGAGAGGACAUGCAGACCUCUUUGUGGAAGUCUUCAAAUGGCUGAUUGGAGUCUCAGACCACAUCUUUCCCGCUCUGUUAUCCGCUGCUGUCAACAAGAUAUGGGUACCUAAAGACGAAAAAAAGGCAUCCAAAUAUUACGAGAUGAUGCAGAACAUGGAACAGCAUUUUGAGAAUUUUCUUGGCGAGGAUGGCAUCUUCAUAUACCCAACGGGAUCCGACUUGGCGCCAUUUCACGGACAGCCGGUGCUUAAACCAUUCAACGUUUCGUACACGUGCGUUUUUAAUUUAUUGGGUUUGCCCGUCACUCAGUGUCCUGUCACUUUGAGCAGGGAUGGCAUUCCUGUUGGAUUGCAGAUUGUGAGCGGACUUUAUAACGAUCAUCUCACUAUUGCGGUUGCUGAAGAAAUUGAAAAAUAUUUCGGCGGAUGGGUUUGUCCAGCUUCAGAGGCUUUCUCAUAAAAUAUGAGACACAUUUAUCAAAAUCUUCAGGCUUUUUUGGUGAAAAACAUUUAGUGGGCAACAACAUGUGUUUGUGCUGCCAUCAAGACGAAAUUCAAGAAACUUAAAAAGUAUAAACAACAAUUCAGAAAGAAGUGUGGCUUAUCACUAUGUUGCCCCUAAACCCUCACAUGAUGAGGAGCUUCUGAUAAUCUCUGGAAUUCGAAUCGCAUCGAAACUACGAACAUUCUACUUUCUAUAGCAACUAAUGUGAUUUGUAUAUAUCUCUGUCAUACGUGUGAUUCGUUUUGCCAUUUUGUUUAUUCUAAAUAACUGGUCUCUUAUGAAACAAGUUGUAUUGAUACUUUCAGGAGAAAGAUUAGUUUAUACAACAUGAUCAAUAACAUUCAACAGAUUAUCUAAAUAACUGGACUUAUCUCUGAAACAAGAAGCAUUGGUACUUUCAGUAGUUUCUUUACUCAAAUCUAUGGAAUAUUAAGGAAGAUAUUCAGAAAGCGUUUAGAUGACAUCAUAUAAUUAUCAGUUGUUACCAAGAGGCAUUUAAAACAAUUGCCAUUUUUUUCCUCAUUUAAUAACACCUUCAUGAUAUUAACAUUGAUAAUAAUUCCCCAAUAUAUUGAUAAUAAUUUUUUAAAUUAAAUGUUACAUAGCUGUACAAAGCUUUUGGAAAAAAAAAUUUAAGAAUUUAGUUUUUAUGGGUCAUAAUUAUGAUUCAUUUGAUGCAUAAAAUAUUUUUUCAUAAAUUUUAGAGCAAAUUAAGAUAUUUAAGGGUGACUACUAUAUUUAAAGAAUAAUUUUUUAGAAUAUUUCGUUAAAAAAUAGUCUAGAAUGUAUUGGGCAUCCUAAAACGGAGGAAUCAAUGAAAGAAAAAUGAAAGAGAAAAUGUGAAUUAAAGAAAAUCGGAAGGUAAAAAAACAGUUAAAGAAAAAUGAAAGAGAUAAUGUGAAUUAAAGAAAAUCGGAAGGGGAAAAAUCAGUUAAAGAAAAAUGAAAGAGAUAAUGUGAAUUAAAGAAAAUAGGAAGGUGAAAAAUAAAUUAAAGAAAAACGGAAGGGAUAAAAACAGAAAGAAGGCGUGUUCUCUUUAGAAAACCAGAAUAUUUAGCAUCGCCAAGUUUCCAAAUUAGUUACGAAAUUUGUCAACAGAUGUAGUUACUGGAAAAAAUUAUACAUUUUUACCAUUUACAUCUACAACUUGGUGUAAAGAAUAAAAAUAAUAGACUUCUAAGUAAAUAAAUCAGUUAUAAAGGUCUGACACGUAUCAGAUAAUGCUUUAUUAUAUUUCUAAAUUAAAGCGUAUUCUUAUGACAAAGCUUGUAACUAAUUUGGAACAUUUGUAAAAAUAAAGAAAGUAUUUCUUCUAAACAAAACGCUUAAAACUGCCCAUUUCUGUCUCCUUCCGUUGUGUUCAAUUGAUUUUUUUAAUUAACUCAUUGGUAGUUUUUGAAGCAGAAAUAAACCCUAUUCGCCUAAUCUUUGUUACCGAUUAUGAAACAAGGAUUCUUCUGCAAUUCUCUAACAUUACAUUUCCAGUUUAAUAAAACAUUAGUGAAUGGUUACACACAUUUUUCUAUUAAUAAAAUAUUUUAUGAAUUUGAGAGGAUUUUCGAGAGGAGUUUAGAUCAAAAAUAUGAAAAUAAAAUUUUUUUUUCUUCAAAAUUUCAAAAGUUGGACUUGGCCGCUGCAACGUUUAAGUUUUUGUUUGAGUCUUAUGGCUUGAAACGGAGUAUUAAUGCUUCCGGGUGUUUCUAUACAUUCUAAAACUUAUUUUCCAAUUUAUUUUAACAACUACUUCUUAAUCUCUUCAUGUUUGCAUAUAAAUGUUUAUAAAUCUAAAACUUAGUGCUUUCAGUUGUGUUUCUAUCAACUUUUAUUUAAUAUAAAUAGUUUUUUUUAUUAUUAUUUGUUACAACGUGUGAUUUUGUAUAUAAAUAUUGUAUUGAAUUUUGUAUUUCACUGUAUUUUUUAUUAAACUAUGUUCUCCCAGUCUUCUCUU